UGAUACGUCAAGCGCCUUUGUCAAUUCAAAACUUAUAUGUUAUUGCACAUACUCUCAGCAGCCUUGAAGCACAGGGGUUCGAUCGUUACACAUGUCUGAAAUACACAUACAUGCUAUACUCAUAUGAGUCACAUCACACGUAUGUUUAUGUGUGCUGUGACCCAUUUAUGAGCAUUUCAGACAUUUGUAACGAGCUCCUGUGGUUGAAGCUUAAUUGGGGUGUCAUGUGGUCUAAGGACGCGUAUGCCUGCAAACUUGAUGUACACUGAAAACUGAGAGACAGGUGCAGUUUCUCUCAAUAACCUCCUGUACAGAUUGAGGAAUCAGAGACUACAGACCUCCAGCCCUUUACCAGUUACAGUUUGUCUUCAACGUUUCCAUGUUCUUACAGAUCAAAAGCUGAUGUGCAGUGACACGCCUGUACAGUGGAUCGAGAUUGACCAGUGUAAUUCCUCGUCACUGCCGCUGACCGACAAUGCACAGAAUGGUGUUAGUCUUAGUGAAAAGUUGUUCCAGAUCACAGACACUUUGCAAGUAACAGGAACUUUGGUUGACAUCAUUAUAGAGUUUCCCCAUGAACUCCAGGGAAGCGCUGAGAGUUUGCUGUCAUUGUGCGGUGCCCUGGGACAUCUGAAAGAGUGGUAUAAUGCAUCUGUUACCACGGUGAUACAUCCAGCCCUGCUGUGUGACCUUGACCCACUGCUAGCCGACAGUCACAGACAACUGUGUGACUUCGUAAAAGCCAAGGCAGUGGGGUGUUUUGAGGAUUUUGAAAAUAACCAGGAGGACGUAUGGCGAGGAAAAGUCUCGGUGAUCGACAAAACAGUACAUAGAGGAUAUGUCUUGCCUGGCUUUGUAUUGAAGAAAUGUGAUGGAUUUGAUCUGGGUGAAGAGCAGAGGGUGUGGGGCCGGACACUGGAGGUUCUUGACGAGGUUGCCUUGACCACCAUUCCUGCCUUCAUGAUUACCAAAGAGAGAUACAGCCUGUGUUUGGCUGACUCACAUCCCCACUCUCGUGCCUUCGUGGAUCAGUUGACAGCUGACCGUCAUACAGGAAUUGUGGCGCGACUGGCCUGUUACAACAAACCAUUGGACGAAUGUUCGACCAAUCACAACCGUUAUCUGAACAGCACCACCUGGAAGGAGAGCAUCAUGUCAGACAUCAUGUUCGUACAAGAGCCCGAAGAAGAGUUACUGAGUGGGUACAGCUACCUCCAUUUCCUUAUCACGUCACCACGACAACCAUCACCUUUACAACAAAGACUAUCUGUUACUAGACUGUGUCCUCCGGAAGCUUUGAACGGCUCUCUGAUGACUUUGCUGUUUAAGAACGCUGUACAGCCCUCUGAUGACGGUGGAAAGGAUGAGGUUGACUGUGGGGACAUUUUGUCAGAGUUACCUGCCCUUGACACAGAAAUGCUAGAGGAAUUUAACAGAAUUUUGUGGAAGAGACAGACAGAAUUACUACAUCAGUGGCUUGAAGAAAGAGAACAUCAGGGUCAAGGUCAGAGAGUCAAGGUCAGUGAGGUCAAGGAUUUCUUUACAAACAUCUACACAGAACUUCUACACAGUUUGUGGUGUGAGUUACCAAAGUUUCAGCCAAGCUGUGCUUCAUCACCAGCUGUAGAGGCAACAGGUGCCUCGUCAGAAUUGGAAAUCAAUCCCACAGAAUGGCAGGAGAGACAACUCCUCAUAUUUUGUGAGUCCCAGAAGCGAACACUGAGCCGUCUCCAGUCUACCGACAGCGUGGCUUUGUCGUCCCCUAUACAGCCAGCCCAAGAACCCACGUCGAUUGACAUCAAGGAUCUACUAAAAAUGUUCAAACCCGACGGAACAGCAGCCAAUGAAAACCUGUCACCAAUAAGGAAAAAGCGGCAAGGAAGAUGUAAGAAGUCGGUUGUACCCAACUCAGAAGACCUGGGACAGGAGACCAUUCCGACCUAUCUGCAGUCCUGUUGCCAUGACAUUUAUUUAAACAGAGACAAGAAGGGUGAAAGGCUGGACAGUCAUAAACAGAAGCUACAGGAGCGCUAUAUUAGGGACGAAACCGAUAGCUCCUGCUCAGUCCCCAUCUUCAAUUUGGGGAAAAAGAAGAAAAAGGCAUCAAGUCCCCAAAAAAGUGGAAAGAGACCAAAGACUUCGGUACGGGUGAAACCUUCGGUGAAAUCCCCCCUGAAGACGUUACGAAAAUCACCUAGAAAAAACCCUUCAGCAAAAUUUGCAGGAGCAGAUUCAAACAUCCGACGGUCCCCAAGAAAAGUUUCUUCUCUUUCAACACGAGCCGAGUUACCUCAGCAAUUGUCCCCAAGUCAAUCAAAUACAGACUUCUUACCUCUUAGGAGAUCUCCUCGAAAAGCAACAUCCCAAAGUGCUUUCUCAAGUCAGCGGCGCCACUCGCUUUACGAGCCGGCCAUCAGGGGAGGUAAUGCUCGAGAAUCCACGGCACCUAGAGGGAGUCGAUUGUCAUUAUCGGGAACAGAAAGUAGAAUGAACAGCUCAGCAUCCAACAGGAGGGCAUCCGAGACGAUGGAACAGCAGCGUGUGUCUCGUUCCGAGAGACACAAGAAGAAACUGCAGGAUAUUGUCGACGAUGUGUUGCAGAAAAAUGGUGUUGAUCGAAGCUCUGCCAUCUAUACAUCGUGUGCAACCCGACUGUUCAAAGUGACCAAGUUAUACGUCAUGGACCUGCCUACGUCUGAGAACCUGAGACAAGAGAUGAGGAUGAUAGCCGAGGGACAGGUACAACCGGUGAUUGAUGUAGAAACUCGACGCCAAAGUAUUGGUGGCAAAGACAUGAAAGGAAGAUAGUUACCAAGUGUUUGAAACAAAAAGGACAAUAAAUUACCACAGUAUGGAGACAACAGCAUCGAAGAGAGGUAAAUGUUUGAGACAAGGAUACAACAUGUACAGGAAAAUAUGAGACCAGAGUAUAGAGACAAGAACAUCAAAGAGAGAUAAUUAACCAAUGUUGAACAAAGGACAUCACUGGGAGAAAAUUUACCAGUGUUGGAGACAGACAUCAAAGGGAGAUAAUUUACCAGUUUUGGAGACAAAGACAUCUAAGGGAGAUAAUUUACCAGUGUUGGAGACAAGGACAUCAAAAGGAGAUUUACCAGUGUUGUAGACAAGGAGAUCAAAGGGAGAUAAUUUACCAAUGUUUGAGACAACAAAAGUCUGAAUGAGUCAACAUGCUUUCAAAGGGUCACAAUCUGAUCAUUUUUUGCCAGUGAAUAAAAGGUAUUCUUAUACAAGGAACAAUAUACAUUUUUUUAACUGUCAUCUUUAUGACAAUGUAUGAAAUCGUCAUAAUAACUAUAAUGUAAUUGUAAUUGACUUUCAUCUUCAUGGCGAUGUUCUGAAAGAGUUCACUAUAUCCAGUAAGUCAAAGGAAUUAUGAUUUACUAAAUCAUGAAUAACCAUCGUGUGCAAAUUGGUAAAGUAUGCGAGGAAAUAAACGUUGUUUUCUAAAAACUUGUCUUUUAAGUUUGUAUGUAUAUCUGAUUGUAUGAAAAUGUAAAAUACACACAGUUGUUGAAGAUGUGUGGGAAACUUUCACUGCCUUUUAAUUUUUUGUUAUCUGUAACCUGUAACUCUCGUCAAAUAUGGAUUUCCUUGGCAAAAGGUAAAAGUUUACUGCUGUAUAUAGUAUUUACAAUUAAAUUAUUAUUAAAGUUAUGCACAAACAUUUUACACUUGAAGUUUUUCAAUUUCAGUUUAUGUUUGUUUAUAUAUCAUGUUUACAUGACAAACAAUGCCAUCCUGUUACCAAGAGAAACAAAAACAAAAACAAUCUAGAAUAUUUAAAUUUAAUAAUCACAUCGAACACGGUCGUACAUGAUGGAACAAUGAUAACAGGAUGACAAAAAUCUGCUGGGACAAUCGGGGGAAAAGUUCUCACAGAAGCUGCAACAGCACAGUGACGAAGUAAAAAGCUUAUAGUAUCACUAUCGAACCGAUUCGAAAAUCUAGCCCAACAGUUGUGAAUCCUCUACAUGUGAAACUGUUAAUGACCUUGAGCUUUCUCCGGCUGUGGGAAGAUUUAAAUUAAAAGUCAAAUUUCGAUUUCCUUGUUGGUGUUACCAAGUAUGUUGGAAAUUUGUCCAAAUUUUGCAAAAUACAUAAACAUGUAAGGACAUCAUUAAAUAGAGUAAAACUACUUACAUCAAAUAUCUGUAACAUGAUAAAAUACGAAUCUUUAAGUACGGAGUAUAAAUAAAUACAGUAACCAUGUGCUGCUUCAUUAUAAACACUCAAACUGAACGCUUUUCAAUAAAAUUUGCUGUAAACUAACAACUAUGCAGCUUUGAUAUCAUUUGGUGCUGUUUUCGUGUUGUUGUGUUAAAAUUAUGAAGUUGCGAAGUUGAAGUUGCAACUCUUAGUUUGUCGUGUGGACAGCGUUGUAUAUCAGAAAUAUUCAUGUUGACAGCAUAAUAUUACACAAUCAAUACCAUCGAUUGGCCCGUAUAGAAUUUACUAUAUACUUUGUAAAACUUGUAUCACAUCCCCAGGUGAUAAAAAUAGUCACUUCAUCCUGUUCUACCUGUACGAGUUAUACAGAGAAGGAUUUUGAUGAUAGUAGAAUGACAACUGUUUGGCAUUUAUUUUGUGUGUCUGCUAGCAGCUCUGGAAGGCUAGAGUUAUCCCCGUGACAAUCCCUCGGAGCAAGAUGCUUUAAUUUUACUGAUUGUAGAUGAUACUUGCAGCUCCUUGAUGAAUCAGAAUAUGAUGUUGAAUGUGAUGAAAAUGAUGAAAAUGAACAAAUAAUUAGGACUUAAAAAUCAGUGCAAAUUGAAGUACGAAAUAUGUGUAAGCAUAACAUGAAACCCACCAUAUACCGGUAGCUUGUUUUUUUCGUGGCGAUAUUUUCGCUCGUUGAUGCCCGGGCCAUAUAUUUGAUUGCUUGUAUUAAGAUGCCCUAUUUAUUGUUAAAUAAGCUUUAAGGUUGUAUUCAUUUCUAAAAAAAAAAAAAAAAA